CCUCUAAUUGGUGGAAGUUGGUGUUGCCAAAGGUCACGCAUAUUUUGGCGCUCUCCGUUCACGACCCGUCUGGCGCGUUUUUGAAAGAGCGACGUACGUGAAGAAACAUGUAUUUUGAAUUCCUACUUGGAAAAAUUUGGAUAAUAUCCCUAUAACGUUUUCUACUUUGCGUUCAUAUACCCGUGGCUGACAUGCGGAAAAAUGUUUGGGUCACUUUUGGGAACUGUGAGGAGCGGAGCUGCGGUGAAAGUAGCACCUAGCGAAGUCUGCUAGCUUGUUGUUUUAAAGUGAAAUUUAUAUGUCCGGUUGGCAACACACAGCUGUCCGCCUCUCACAAUGAACUUCGUCUCUUUUGUUUAUUUGCGCACACGUGGAAGUCAAUAAGAAAAGGCAAGAAGACAGCUGCAGCAAGUUAAGGGUUCUGCAUUAUCGGUCUCUUCAAAUUAUGGCUGGUGUUGUUGCUAUGGCAUCUGUCAUUGAGGACUUUGAUACACAGCCUUGCAAGAAAUCUCGCAAAGAUGGUGGCAGUCCUGUUGUUAAGACAAUCACAAACUAUUUCUCUCCUGUGGCCAAGUCUGUGGAGAAACCCUUUUCCCCUCCUCGCUCCAACAACAUCAUGGACUACUUUAGUCGGAGGGCUCCGUCCUCUAGGGAAAAGACUAGCUCGCCAGAACAGUCUAAAGAGAACUGUAAGACAUCUCAGUCUGCAGAAAAACACACCAGCCCAGAGGCAGCAGUGAAACAGCCAAUUCAGAAACGAGGUAGAAAGGCCAUCAAAGCUGCAAGGAAACUUGUGGAGGCUGAAACUGUCAGCUCCACAGCAGAGGCAAACCACCUGAUUGUAGAGGAAUCACAUGAGAGCAGAGACUCAGCAGCAGAGGUGACCAGUAGCUGUGGGGUCCUUGGUAGUGAUACAGCAGCUCUGUUAGCCGAGCUUAGUGCUGAGGCUUGUAUCACUGCUGGAAUACCAGAGAGGAGUGCCAGUAUGACUGUCAGUGUUGAGCAGGCCGAAAGAGCUGAACAUCAUGAAGAUGGUUCCAUAUGUGGAAACAAUGUCGAACUUAAACCAGUACUGAAGAGCAUUGCCUCUUCUCCAGUUGGACCUUUGAGGGAUAAGGCAAAACAGGUCAAAACUGCUGCACGAAAUUCUAGGAAGAGGCAGCAACAGGAGGCAAAGCAACCAGAACCAGAGGAGAAAGAGGCAGAGACCUCCUUGUGUGAUGUUAGCAUGGAGAUUAAUGUGGAUCAGGCCUCACAGUUAAGCAACAGCACAGUCACGAUAUCCUUUGAGGAUUUUGUGCGAAGUCAGAGUCAGGAAAAGGGUGAAGAGGACAUAGAAGAUGAACAGGGCAAAGAAGAGGAAAGUGAAAUCACAACAGAGGCAGAGGAAAUGGCCACUGAGCAGUUGGAAAAUGUGGGGUCUGGGGAAACAUCACUCCAAGUCUCACCCCAAACCGUCACCAUCCAGGCUGAGGUGCAUGUGGUCUCUCCCAAACAGGAAGCAUUCAAGGCUGUGGGAAAGUUAGCUUCUAUCUUCAACAAGAGAAAAGGGCCAGUGAGCCCUGCAGAAAUAGUAUCGUCUCCUCAAACAGAAGCUGGACAUCAGCUUUCUUCUACCUUGCUGACUGUCAAAAGGAAAUCCAAUGUUGUCCUUCAAGAGGAGGAUCUAGAGCUGGCUGUGCUUGAGAGUGAAUCCAUGCCAAAGUGCAGUGAGGCAGAGAGGAAACAGUUCAUGGCUGCCUUCAAACAGCCCAACCUGGAUGGGUCAAAAACCAAACCUGGGAAGAGUCAGGGCAAGCAGAAGCAGCCUGGUGAGAAGAAUUUAGAUGCUGCAGACAAAGUUGCUGAGGAGGACAGUGUUAUUCCUCCAUCUGUUGAGCAGAUUCCUGCUGCCCCUCAGGAAAACAAUGUAGCUAAAAAGAAACCAGCAAGAAAAGGCAGAAAGAAAUUUAAAGAAGUAAACAAGGCAGUCACCACCUCACCCGCUGCUGCUCCUGUGGAGGAAACCAUGACCAUGACUGAUGACGUUGAUGAUAAAAACGGAGAGCCCACCAUCCCAGCUGUGAGGAGGUCCAGAAGAGAGGCUGUAGUCAGGCAAGCACCCGCAACCACCCCAGCAACUCCUAUCAGAAAAACCAGGAAAGGAAACCAGUCAAAGGAUGCUGAUGCAGCUUUACCUGAGAGCCCUGUAAAGAUAUCCACCCCAAAGACACGGAAGUCCAAACAUGGAGUCUUUGUAGCAGAGAUGGUGUGCCCACCUGACACAAAAGAAAGUCCAAUCAGGAUUAAAUUUACUAGAGUCCAUAAAAAUAUUUCCAUGUCAAAGGCUGAACGUGGAAGUGGCAUUAACACUUCUAUGGCUACUAAAACAUCAAAUGAGUCUAAAAAAAGGAAGCAGGCAAAGAAGUUGGUGGAAAAAGCCAAAGUGAUACAGCAGAGUAAGAAAACUACUGUUGGGGAGAAGGGCACCUUAAGACGUUCAUCGCGAACUGAGGCCUCCAUCAAGAAGAGCUACUGUGAAAAUGAGGAUUCUGUCAUAUGCCUGGAGGACGACCAGACUGCCACUCCUCAGAAGGCACCAGAAAAGAGUAAAAACCAGAAACCUUUGCGAAGUCUAAAUGAUGUUCUGGGCAAAGCCGCACCACCUGGCAAAGAGACCAAGGCUGUCCCAGGCUCCAAAGUUGCAUGGCUGGGCCAAGAGAAGAGUGCUCGGAGGGUGUCUGCAGUGGUUUCCAUCUUUGAUGAGAGUAGCUGCGAGGGCUCUGAAAACUCCCAGGAUGAUGAACAGUUCAGGGCACGUAGAGAGUUCUUGAAAAGUGGUCUGCCUGAGUCCUUUAGGAAGCAGAUAGCCAAGACCACCGCCACCAAAGAGGCAUAUUCCCUCUCCUGUUCCUCCUUUCAACCAGUUCUACACACAAAGCAAAAACAAAACGAUUCCCCGCUUUGGAGUUUACCGUGGCCCGAAUCUCCGUUACUGUGUCAUCUGAAAGAGCUUUGGUGCCAAACAUCCAACUCUUUUCCAUCUGUUAGUGGUUCCUUUUGUUUGAAGACUGAACCUGCCCAUAGAUGCUUCUGUGAACGGGGUUCCGGCAGGAGACCUGAGAUUUCUGAAUGUGUUCGUCAGCUUCUCAUGGAGGAGGUCCACACCUCUAACCCUCCCUUUCCUGUUCAGAUGUUCAUCAGUCGCUUCCUGAGGAGACGUACUGACCAGCAGCAGCACUGCACAGCUGCAGAACCAGAACCAACCAGAGUCACAAGCACAUCACUGCCAACUGAACCAGUAGGAGGGAAGAGGAAGAGGAUAAAUGAUGAAGGGGAAAACGCAGUGAAAGUGGCUAAGAAGCAGCGGGGCAACCAUUCAGAAGAGAACAUGUCCACACCUGAGCCAGAGCCAACAAAAAGGGGGGGUCGCACGAGACGAGCACAGAGAUCCAAGCUAGAGGAGGAGGCGAAAGAGAAAGCCAGGCCUUCUAACAAAACUGCUCCCAUCCUGUCUGAGGACGACUCCGUGGUUGGGCUGGAUGACUUGCCCUUGGAAGAGGAUACUGUAAGAAAAGAUAUGGUGAAGGAGGACGUGUUGUGGACAGAUAAAUAUCAACCCCAGUACUCCAGUGAUGUCAUAGGCAACAGAACCUCAGUUAGGAGGCUUCACAGUUGGCUAAAGGAAUGGAAACUCCGUGCAGACCGAGAAGAGAGAAAAAAGCAGAAAGACAAGAAACAAGAGGAAGGAAGCAAUGAUACUGACUGGGACUGUGAAGAAGAGGACUCCCAGGAUGGAGAGGACAUGCUGUGUAAUACAAUGCUGAUCACAGGACCCACUGGAGUAGGAAAGACUGCUGCUGUCUAUGCUUGUGCCCAGGAGCUGGGCUUCAAGGUAUUUGAGGUGAACGCUUCAUCUCAGAGGAGUGGCCGUCUUAUUCUGUCCCAGCUGAGGGAAGCCACUCAGUCACACCAGGUGGACAGUCAGGGGGUCAACACCCACAAACCCACCUACUUCAACACUUACGGCACAAGCAGCAGCGCUGGCACUGUCAGGCCUGGAACCUCUCCCAGAAAGGUUAACUCUCCUCGCAGGGUGGUUUCCUCUCCUAGGAAACAUCCCCAGUCGCCAAGAGGUACUAAAAAGGGGUGUCUGGCUCCCACCUCUUUAGCUAACCUUUUCAAAAUGGGUCAACCCACCAACAAGGAGCCACCAAACACCAAGAAGAAUGAACAAACAGCUACCUCCAAGAGAGUCGUGAAAGCAAAUAAUGAGGCUGCUAAUAAUCAUAAAGACCUCGCAGUCAAAUCACCAACAGCUACCACCCCUAAAGAGAACAGUGAAGAACAGAGCAAGAAGACGGCCACUUCGCUGAUCCUUUUUGAGGAAGUGGAUGUUAUUUUUGACGAUGACUCUGGGUUUCUAGCUGCCAUCAAGACAUUCAUGACCACUACCAAGAGGCCAGUCGUCCUCACUACCAGCGAUCCUGCUUUCAGCACCAUGUUUGAUGGCAACUUUGAAGAGAUUCAUUUCAAAACGCCAUCAGUGGUAAAUGUGGGCAGCUACCUGCAGCUGUUGUGUCUGGUUGAGGACGUGAGAACAGACCUAUCAGACAUCAGCUCUCUGCUCAGACUCAACGGCUGUGACAUCAGGCAGAGUUUACUGCAGUUGCAGUUCUGGACUCGCAGUGCUGGGGGGCGCAACACAACCAGACCACUGAUGCAUGCUGACAAAAAUGCUGAACUAAAACCAGAGACUGAUGGAGAGGCGGCAGAAAUGUCUGUGUGUGCAGUGACUGUCCCGUCCACUCUCCCCCCCUGUGACACCGGCUGUACUGAGAGCAAACUGGGCCUGCUGAAUAUUGAACCUGAGAAAGACAUCUGGGAACUGCUCAGGAGCCAGAGUCUGGUGGAGGAGGCGGUUUGCUGGGAGCUGCUGACAGAGAGCAAGGGACGCGGAGUGGACUUACUCUAUUCCAACAUGGAGACCCUCUUACCUCUACCAAUCACACAGUUGACUACCUCUACCCGCAAACCAGAGGAACCUGUUUCUGAUUCACAAGACCGUCCUUCCGUUAAUUUCAAAGAGCAACUGUCCUCCACCUGCCUGCAGUCCGACAGGCUGCCAUCUCAUGCCAGGUUACUGCACACAGCAGAGUCAGCUGAUUGCUCGGACGAUGGCAGUCCAGUUAAAGUUUCCGACAGAAUGAGGAAGAAAAAGAGGAGGCACUGUCUACCUGACCAAGGUGGACUGCAAUCUGAAUCGGACUCAGAGGACAGUUUUCUAUCUCUCUGCAAGCCGCAGGGUGCUCCUGGAGCAAAGGAGGAAAUCAAAGAGAGAUUAGUUUCAAAAAUGGUGAAAAGGAAGCCACUGACUCCUGAGGAGCGGGUAAAAAGUAUCCCAGUCUCACAGUGUCUAGAAUCCAUAGCUGACUUUUUAGACAACAUGUCCUACAUGGACUCCUCCUUGCGUGUUCAUCCAGAAGCAGGUGACAUUCACAGAAGACUGUCACCAGUCGGUGCAGUGGUGAAAGACGGGAUGACAGAUGAGUCGAGGGUUGAGACUGACAGAGGAAGCUGGGACAGGGUAGAGCGUGUCUUGGAGAUCCAGGCUGCCGUGGAGGCACUGAGCUUCCACAAGUGUCGACGUUUGGUAGCGGAGGCCAGGGACAAAGCCCGACAGCUGGAAGGGGAGCUGGGCAAAGAGGCUGCAGCAGAACUCACCCUCCCUGUGGCCCCUCAUUGUGAAGGUUAUAGCUUCACUCAGGACGGCCCCUGUCAACCACAGCUGGUCCAGGAGAGGAGAGAAGUGAUGGAGAGUCUGAUGUUGAGAGGAGUGGCUGGUACUCUGGGAAACAGACCAGCAGCUGCUCUGGACUACUUGCCAGCCCUACGCACCAUCUGCAGAUCAGAGCAGCUUAAGGAGCAGGGCAAGGUUAAACGAAGGUUUCUGCACUACUUAGAUGCAAUCCACCUUGGUCUUGAAAAGAACACUCUACAGCACCUUGCUGAAGACUUCCCCUAAAACACAGAGAAGACCACAUGUGCCCUCAUGAUCAUGCAGAGGCCUUAGAUAAACUCACUCACUUUUACGUUCUGGCUCUCAGACCGGAACAAGGAACCUGUAUACAGCAAGUGCUCUUUCAUCAGAAGCACAAGGAUGGACAGUCUGGUGAAGUUUCCACGAAUUUCCUCCAAAACGGAAAUGACUGAAUCACUGAAUACCGGCUCUCUGGCACAGCUAAAUAACCUCACGUGUUGACUGAUUCAGCACAUCUUAUGGUGCUAUCAAAAAAUGCACUAAAUAUUACUACUUUAAAUGAUUUUUGUAAUAUGAAGUGGAGCUAGAGUGGGGGUUUUUUUGUUUUUGUUUUUUUGGUGUGUUUUGUUUUAUUUUGGGGGUUUUUUGUACAGUAGUGUUUUAUAGCCUCAUCUAUCAAUUUGCUUUGCACGUUGCAAAGUCUUUUUAUCAAGUAGAAAUUGCUUUUGAGGAGCAAUCAUUAAAAAUUUGUAACAGAUUAACAUGUAAAAUAGAAACUGAGUAUGAAUUUGUAAAGGCUGUGUGUAAAUUGUCUCCACUCAAAGUACUGUUGAUGCACUCAGGAUCUUGGUUGUGUUCAAGUUCACAAAAAGCAGACCGGUUUUUCCAGAAAAUUCUGCCCUAUUUGUCACCCUCAAUGAAUCAUUGUUUUUUUUGUUUGUUUGUUUUUUGUUUUUGUUUUUUUUUAAUUGAUCACUUUUUUUUCCUUCAACCUGAACGCUGUACACAAUAUCCACAAUGGAUAUUUGUUGUUACCAAAUAAAAGUUUAUCACGGCAAAAAAAAUAAAUAAAUAAAA